CGUGCUGAUAGGCUGUGCCGCAGGAAAAACAUGAUGUCAGCCAGGGUUUAAGUGCUAAAUAUAGUGUGUGGACAAGACUACCAACUCCGUGGAUCUGUCUUUGACCAAGAGAACACCUGGGACAGUCGCUUCAGGCCUCUCACCGCCGAAGUCACUAACUGCACCCCAGUGUAAAGGUCAGCCUUGCAUCUUUGGAAGACAAGCUUUCUGGAUACAAUAAAAAUUCGUACUGGUAGAUGCAAGCCAAAUAGAAAAGAUUAUAAUGUAAUAUAAGUUGCUCUACUACAAGCAGAGAGCCAAUGGCAAUUUUACUCAGACUUGGUUACUGUAACAGAAGGACUGACUAUAAGAUGGAGCUAUCCAGUCUUGCUGUUGCUGUUUGGAUGUUUAUUUGCUUUUGUACACCUGUGGGUGGCUAUCCAAAUGGAAAAGUAAGAGAAGCCUGCACUAGCAUGAUACCCUGUCAUGGUGGCUCUCCACAACUGUCGCCUGUGCACACCAUCACAGUGAAUGGCACUCAGUUUAAACCAGGAGACAGCAUAGAAGUCAGUCUGUCUGGACCAGAUUUUGAGGGAUUUUUCAUACAAGCUCGGGAUGCAGAACACCUGGAUGGCCCUGCAGUUGGUUCUUUCCUGUUAACUGACCGGAGACUUUCUCAGCUCCUGACGUGUGGUCGUACCAAGAAUUCAGCUGUCAGUCAGACAAGUAAAAUAAAAAAGAAACACAUGAAAGUUUAUUGGAUUGCUCCUGGAGAUGCACCAAAACAUGUACAGUUUCUAGCCACAGUUGUCAAGAAAUACAGGACUUUCUGGGUGAAGAUUCCAGGUCCCACUGUUUCUCAGCCUGGUGUGCUGUCCCCAACAACACCUUUGCAUACAACUUCAGAGGCUGUGUCAACUUCAUACCCAGUUUCCUCCUUAUCAAAGCCAUUUAGUGCCUCGGGCUGUGGAAGUAUGAAGUUCUGCAUUAGGAACCCUUCAAACUGUGAUCCUGAAAGUGCUUCCUGUUUUUUUCUAUCCUUCCAAAAAGAGGAGAGUUCAGUAUUUAUUGAAAUGAGUGGUCCAAGUGAAGGCUAUUUAGCAUUUGCAUUGUCCCAUGACCAGUGGAUGGGUGGUGAUGAUGCGUAUCUGUGUGUUAACGAGGACCACCGUGUUCGUGUGGGCACUGCCCAUCUGACAGGGCGAAGUCGUCCUCUCUUGGAUUCAGAGAAUGCCCUUGAAGAUGUGUCGUGGAGGCUUGUGGAGGGUGUUCUUCAAUGUUCUUUCAGAAGAGGUAUUCAUCUUCCUGCUUAUAAAGAGAGAUUUAAUCUGGAUGCCAGUUACUACAUCUUUCUGGCAGAUGGGGAAGCUAGUGGAGGUGGACUAAUAUACAAACAUCAUCGUCAGCCCCUGAUCACCGAUGGACUGUACGAUGUCACAGGUCCUCCUCAGGAUAUUGGAGGCUCCCGGUCCCCACGACUUAUCAAAGCUCAUGGAGCGCUGAUGUUUGUUGCUUGGAUUACCACAGUUAGUAUUGGUGUUAUUGUUGCACGAUUCUUCAAACCUGUCUGGGCUCAUUCAUUCCUGUUUGGAAAGGAGAUGUGGUUUCAGGUGCAUCGUAUGCUUAUGUUGACCACAGUCUUGCUUACAAGCAUUUCUUUUGUGUUGCCUUUCAUAUAUAGAGGAGGUUGGAGCCAAGUAAGUGUGUGCUUUUGUCUUGUUUGUUAAAUAUAAAGGUGGGAACAAAUGAAUGAGAAAGAGGUCCACUGACUAACACAUUACGAUUAUUUCCAAGCAAA